AUCACAUUACCCUUUGAGAAAGCAUUCACUUCCCUGUUUUGGCUGAGUGCUCAGAUAAAUCGUUGUGCCGCUUCAUAAACCUGUUGGCGCAAGCUUGUCAAGAUGUUUGUGUGAUUUCUGUGACGUCAAACUCAAGUGGACUCAUGAGGGAUAACGUCUACAUAAUGUUCACAAUUUCAGAAUUAAGCUGGAUCUAAACUUCUCCAACAUGACCGUGGAGUCCAGUGCUGUACACCCUGCGCAGGGACCGGUGGAGUACCGCAUGACGGGCCUCAUCUUCUACGGCAUUGUCUUCAUCAUAGGAGUCAUCGUCAAUAUGACUGCUUUAUGGGUGUUUUCCCUUACCACCAAGAAGAAGAACUCUGUCACCGUGUACAUGAUAAACGUCGCGAUGGUGGACCUCACCUUCAUCCUGCUGCUUCCCUUCAGGAUGGUUUACCACCACCUGGACUAUUGGCCCUUUGGAGAUGUUUUCUGCCGAAUCAGCGCAGCUCUAAUCAUCUUCUACCCCUGCAUGGCUCUGUGGCUGUUUGCUCUGAUCAGCGCCGACCGCUACAUGGCCAUCGUCCAGCCAAAGCACGGCAAAGAGCUGAGGAACGUCCCAAAGGCCGUGGUGGGGAGUCUCGGGGUGUGGCUCAUGACCUUGGGCAGCACCGUCCCCCUGCUCUUCUCCGAGGAUGAUCCCGAUCGCAUCUCCAACUACACCACCUGCAUCAAGAUGCAAGACAUCAUCUACAUGCGCCGUGACAACCCGGUCAACUUUGUGCGACUCUUGUUCUUCUUCCUGCUUCCCGUAUGUAUAAUGAUUGGCUGCUAUAUCGUCAUUGUGGAUAAUCUGGUUCACGGCCGCACCUCUAAACUCAAACCUAAAGUGAAGCAGAAGUCCAUCCGGAUCAUCAUCACACUUAUAAUCCAAGUGUUGGUGUGUUUUGUGCCUUUCCAUGUGUGCUUAGUGUUCCGUUUGGUGGGGACAGGCAUAGAUGGGGGGUUUAGCACAUGGGCGGUCUUCACCACUUUCCUGAUGAACCUGAGCACAGUGUUAGAUAUCAUUCUGUUCUACAUUGUCUCCAAGCAGUUCCAGGACAGAGUGAUCAGCGUGAUUCUGUACAGGAACUAUUUGCGAAGUGUGAGACGGAAGAGCAGGUGUACGCACACAGGCAGCCGAUCAGUGACCAACAACCUGACCAGCGUAAUGACAUGAAGCAACCGACAAACUUUCAUGUCAAACAAUGUACUGAUAUGCACUGUGCACGCUUUGGCGCAGGGUAACACUGAAUGCUUCAACGUGUGCAUGGUUCAUUAUCAAAAAGGAUCAAAACUUGCAAUUAAUUUCCAACGUGUAAUUUACACUCACAGUAUGGGAGCGAGUGCUGCUGUUGUGGCAAAAGCAUCUGUGUUUAGAGCUGAUUGACUCACCCAUGAGACUUGAGAUGUUUUCUUUGUGCAUCUUUGCUCUGGCAGACAAAGCAUGAGUAUCUGUGGCUCAGGUGCAAAUCACGCAGGCUAAAAUAAAGCUCAUAAUCAUUAAAACAUAGCCCACAGUUUGCUUUGCUAUUAUGCAUAAACAUGGAAACUAUUCUGAGCCACGUCAACCUAUAAAGGGUCUGAUUGCCUCCAUUGGGGGGGAAACCUACAGGAAACAAUGGUGGGUUCUUAAAGGCUGCUGCUUUUGUUUGGUCUCUGCAUCAUAUGUGUAACUUCCCCUGCAUAACACCGCAGUGCUGCAUCAUGGCUUGAAUAUAACCAUCAAUGCUGCAUGAGCUCAUGCACAUGCAAAUAGGGUUUUCUUGACUCGUGUCAUCUCCUUUUCUCAUAUUUUGUGAACUCUGAGUUGAACCCAACCACUUGAUACAAGAGUUUAACACACAACCAUCGUCCUGAAAGUUGCUGUUAAUUUAUUGACCAGUUGAUGGCAGCAUGGCACAGCUAGACCCUAUAUCUACCUGCCAGAGCAAGAAAAAAACUGUGCUUUCUUUACUUUUUAAAGUGAAUUGUGCAAAAGAUCUUGUGAUUCUCUGCUUCAGAGUUCUUUAUACUUAUAAAGAUAUCCUUGAACUGAAA